UAUUAUAUACAGAAAAAGCCGGUCACGCUUACAAAAAUAUCGCUGUAAACAUCGAAAACGGAAAUAGAAAAACGUUACCACAUUCACUCAGUCAGCGGCGCUCCAGUACGUACGGUCGAUUUUUGUCCGGAUUACUUUUGGGAUUUGGGAACGACGCUGAACGCUCCUCUCGUCCACCCGCUACCCGAUCGAUCGAAAUCGUUUUUCGUAAGACAUAAUAAUAUUAACGUACUAUAUUAUUAUUUCCUAUCGCCGGUGUAUCUGUGUGUGUGCUAAGUUCCGUAUCCCGUCAAACGUCCUUAAUAAUCGAAACCAACAUGGCUAACUCACAACUUUUACAUGAUAACACUACUACUCACUUGGAUUAUAUGAGCACCUUGGACAUCGAUGUUGAAGCACAAUUUGUUCGUCUGUCUGGUAUCAUUUGUACUAUUGGACCUGCUUCGGUUGCUGUGGAAACUCUCGAGGACAUGAUUGACUCUGGCAUGAAUGUUGGUCGCUUGAACUUCUCUCAUGGUUCACAUGAAUAUCAUGCAAACACAAUUAAGAACUUAAGACAAGCGGCUGAAAACUAUGGCAAGAAGAUUGGUGUUUACAGCCCAUUAGCUAUUGCUCUAGAUACCAAAGGACCUGAAAUAAGAACUGGCUUGUUAGAAGGCGGUGGAUCAGCUGAAGUUGAACUGAAGAAAGGUGAACUAAUCAGUUUAUCUACAGACAAGACAUUUGAAAACAGUGGUAAUGCCACUAAAGUGUAUGUUGACUAUCCUAACAUAACCAAAGUGGUGAAACCAGGCAAUCGAGUAUAUGUUGAUGAUGGUCUUAUUUCUUUGAUUGUCAAAGAAAUUGGUAGCAACUUUAUUGUGUGCACCAUUGAAAAUGGUGGUUCAUUAGGCAGUCGUAAAGGUGUUAACUUACCUGGUGUACCUGUAGAUCUACCAGCAGUAUCUGAAAAGGACAAAAGUGAUUUGAAAUUUGGUGUUGAACAAGGUGUAGAUAUGAUUUUUGCAUCAUUCAUUAGAGAAGCUGCUGCUAUUAAAGAAAUUAGAGAGAUCUUAGGAGAAAAUGGUAAAAACAUAUUGAUUAUUUCAAAAAUUGAAAACCACCAAGGCAUGAAAAACUUGCAAGAAAUCAUUGAAGCUUCUGAUGGUAUUAUGGUGGCUCGUGGUGAUUUGGGUAUUGAAAUCCCACCAGAAAAAGUGUUUUUGGCACAAAAAUCUAUGAUUGCACGUUGUAACAAGGCUGGAAAACCCGCUAUUUGUGCUACUCAAAUGUUGGAGUCUAUGAUUAAGAAACCUCGUGCUACCAGAGCAGAAUCAUCUGAUGUAGCAAAUGCCAUCCUUGAUGGAGCUGACUGUGUUAUGUUAUCUGGAGAAACUGCUAAAGGUGAAUACCCAUUGGAGUGUGUACGUACUAUGGCUACCAUCUGUAAAGAAGCUGAGACAGCCGUUUGGCAGAGACAACUCUUUGCUGACUUAUCUUCUGCUGUUAAUUUGCCUUUGGAUGCUUCACAUACAACUGCUAUUGCUGCUGUAGAUGCAGCUAAUAAAAGCAAAGCUGCUGCCAUUGUUGUUCUUACAACAUCUGGCCAUUCUGCACAUCUCAUUUCCAAAUAUCGCCCACGUAGUCCUAUCAUAGCAUUGACCAGGAAUGUCCAAGUUGCCCGUCAAUGCCACAUUUAUCGUGGUAUUCUACCUCUGUAUUAUAAUGAACAACCAUUAAGCGACUGGUUGAAGGAUGUGGACACUCGUGUAGUGCACGCCAUUAAGUUUGGUAAGGCCCGCGGAUUCAUUAAAACUGGAGAUCCAGUGGUAGUCGUUACCGGAUGGAAGAAAGGUUCUGGAUACACCAACACUUUACGCAUUGUUAACGUGGAAUGAGGUUCUCCAAAAUUGACUAGUAUACCGCAAUAAAAAAAAUAUUUAAAAAACCGUUUUUUAAAGAAACAUCAUUCCGUGUUAUGUUUA